UGAGCCUGGGUGUUGUAAUUUAAACGGCCAAAACAAGCUUCAAAUAAGCUAGAAUUAUUAAAAGAAAAGAAGAUAAAAUGACGGAGAAAGACUACGCGCCGUUAAGUACAGCUUGCGUUAAAUCAUUAAAUGAUAAAUUUUAUGAAAAAAGAAAAGCUGCCGCUCUGGAAAUUGAUAAAAUGGUUAAAGAUUUUGCUGCACACAACAACACGGCUCAGAUAAAGCGAUUAUUUAAAGUAUUGGGACAAGAUUUUGCUACAUCUCAUAAUCCACAUGGUCGUAAGGGAGGUUUAAUUGGAUUGGGUGCGAUGGCAGUUGGGUUGGGAAGUGCCAAUACUGCAAAGUACAUGGAAGAAUUUAUUCCUCCAAUUUUAGUUUGUUUCAAUGAUUCGGAUCUUAGAGUGAGGUAUUGUGCCUGCGAGAGCCUUUAUAAUGUUGUGAAGGUGGCGAGAGGUGCUAUUUUACCAUAUUUUACUGACAUUUUUGGAGCUUUGAGCAAAUCAAUGUGCGAUUCUGAUCAAAGUGUAAAAAAUGCUACCGAAUUACUAGAUAGACUGAUGAAGGAUAUUGUCACAGAGAGCGAUGAUUUUGAUCUAUUAGCCUUUAUAUCAGUUCUUAGAGAAAGGAUGUAUACAAAGAAUCCAUUUGGACGGCAAUUUAUUAUAUCAUGGAUAUUAGUUUUGAUUUCAGUACCUGAUAUUGACAUGGUAAUCUAUUUAACAGAUAUUCUUGAUGGUUUAUUUAAAAUUCUUGAAGAUCCAAUACCAGAGAUAAAGAGAUCCGCUGAGACAGUUUUCAUGGAAUUUCUUCAUAGCAUCAAGUUGGAUCCGUCGAGAGUAGAUUUUGCAGGAAUGAUAAAUAUACUUAUUUUACAUGCACAAAGUUCGGACGAACUUCUCCAAUUGACUGCGAUUACUUGGAUGGACGAGUUCAUUCGAUUGUCGGGUCAAAAUCUCUUGCCUUAUACUUCUGGUAUAUUUAUAGCAAUAUUAACUUGUUUAUCUUAUGAUGGCGACACUCGUAAAAUAAUAAAAGAAACCGCUACUCAUGUAAAUGAUAGUCUUUAUAAAUUGAUAAUUUCAAAUAGCAAAGAGCCCUCAAUAACCGAUAGCCUUGAUCUCUCUAGUAUCAUUGAAGUUUUGACAAAACACUUAAUGCUGCAACAAAUACCUGUUCAAACAAAAGUAACCGUGCUAAAAUGGAUAUGCCACUUGUUAAUGAAUUUACCAGACAAAAUGUACCUUCACAAUGAGGAAUUAUUUCCUGUUCUGAUGAAAGUUUUAAGCGACAAUUCGGAGGAAGUUGUUCAACAAACAUUAGUCGUUAUGUCCGAACUGAUUAACUUAAAGUCUACAAAUAUUGAAGAAAAUAAGUAUUUUACUAAGUUUAUGGUGAAUUUAUUACGACUAUUUGCAACUGAUAGACACCUCUUGGAAGAUAGAGGUGCAUUUAUUAUAAGAGAAUUGUGCGUAUUGCUCAAUCCGGAACAUAUUUUUAAGGUUUUAGCAGAGAUCUUGAGAGAAGAGCAAAAUCUUAGGUUUGCUGCUAUCAUGGCACAAUCUCUUCAUACAAUUUUAUUGACAAGCUCCGAACUUUUUGAAUUACGAAAUAAAUUGAAGGAUCUGAAGACUGAGGAAAGUGUCCAAGUAUUUAUUCAAUUAUACAAGUCGUGGUGCCACAAUCCUGUAGCAACCAUGUCUUUGUGUCUACUCACACAAAACUACGGUCAUGCCUGCGAUCUUGUUAAAUAUUUUGGAAACAUUGAAGUUACCGUAGAAUUUCUAACCGAAGUUGAUAAAUUAAUACAACUUAUUGAAUCACCAAUCUUCACAUAUUUGCGACUAGAACUUUUGGAAAAGAACGAAUCUCUAGUCUGUGCUUUGUAUGGCCUUCUUAUGAUUCUACCACAAAGCGAAGCUUUUUUCAUGUUACAUCGUCGACUAUCGGCUGUGCCUGUAAAUUCCAAUCGUGAAACAAAAACGCCUCAAACAAAAUCAGAAUCUAUAAGAGAUACAAUCGAUUUCCAGGAAUUAUUUCAAUAUUUUAUAGAUACUCAAGAGAAACACAAAGAACAGAAACAUAAACAGAGACAGACAUUGUUAGCUAACACCAAAGAAGUAGCCAACCUUGUUCUUUAAAAUGAAAUCAACAUUUUAUUAUUGUAUAUACAUUAAUAUGUUAAAAACAUUAUUUAUAA